AUGCAGUUCAGCCUCGUGAGCCCGCGCACCCAGACCAAGGCCCCGUUCUGCCUCGGCUUCGCCUUCCGCCGCGGCGACGUGCCCGCCGGCAGCAUCGUCACGUCGAACCUGGCGGCCCUGCAGGUGACGCCGCGCACCACCUGGCCCGAUGGUUCGCUGAAGUUCGCCCAGGUGGCCGGCUUUGCCGACCUGACGGCCAAUGUGCUGUCCACCGUGCGUCUGCGUGCCUCCGCCAACGACGGGCGGGUCAUUUCGGCCCUCGGCCUCGCCGACCUCAAGAAGACCGGGCUGACCGCCGAGGUCAGCGCCGGCAGCUUCGGCACCGCCGCCUUCGCCGGCGCCGACUGGGACACGCCGCACACCACCUGGGUCAGCGGCCCGCAGAUGUCGUCGUGGGUGUUCCGCAAGCCGGUCGGCAGCGACCCGCACCUCGUCGCGUGGCUGGAAGUGCGCCUGUACGCCGGUGGCGCCGUCGAGGUGCUGCCGUGGGUGGAGAACGGCUACCUGAUGGUGGCCGCACCGGUGAGCAAGGCCGCGGUGUUCAGCUUCAAGCUGGGCGGCGCGCAGCGCUUCUCGGCCUCCAUCGACCUGCCGCACCACUGCCGCACGCCGCUCAUCAGCGGCACGGCGCUGUCCUACUGGCUGGGCACCGACCCCGACAUCACCCCCCGCCACGACCUCGCCUACCUCCAGGCGACCGAGCAGGUGCCGACGUACAGCGCCCGCGUCGCCCCGUCGGCGGCCGUCGCGCAGGGGCUGGCCACGACCUGGUCGCCGCUGGACAAGGCCAACCUCAACUACUACGCCGACAGCAUGCGCUCGCCCGGCUACCAGUCGCCGAUCGGCCUGCUGCCGGAACACGACGUGCUGUACCUGACUUGCGAGAGCCCCGCGACCUACGGCGCCGUCGUGCGCAACGGCUACGCGUCCGGCCGCUACGGCAUGCAUUACCGCGACGAGAAGACGCAGCGCCCCAUCCGCUUCUCGCAGUACCCCAACCUCGCGCUGGCGCAGCGGUUCAGCGGCUUCUACGACCAGGGCGGUUCCACCCGCGGCCAGUACACCCCGACCGCGACCGGCACGGCGCCCGUCAGCUGGGACUGCGCGCACAGCCCGGCCAUCGGCUACCUGGCCUACCUCGUCACGGGGCGCUUCUAUUUCAUGGAGGCCGUGCAGUUUGCCGCGACCUUCAACUACCUCGGCAAGGGCGACGCCGACCCGCUGCGCAAGGGUGCGCUCGGGCUGGUGCAGUCCUGUGUCGGGGCGUGGCAGGUGCGUGCCGCGGCCUGGCAAUGGCGCACGCUCACGAUGGCGCUGAACAUCACGCCCGACAGUGACGCCACGCUCAAGGACGAGUUCCUGACCAGCGUGCAGGCCAACAUCGAUCACUACCACUCCAUCUACGUCGCGCAGCCGAACAACCCGUUCGGCUGGGUGCAGGGCGAGAGCUACAACAGCAGCGGUCCGUACUUCGACGCCUCCUGGAUGCAGGACUUCGUCACGGCCGCCUGGGGCUUCUCGCUGAGCGUCGGCCUGCCGGUGCCGGCGGCCGCAGCCACGAAGAUGGAAGCCUUCUUCCGCUGGAAGGCACGCACGGCCGUCAUGCGCCUGGGGCCGGCCAGCGGCUUCUGGUACAUCAACGGUGCCCCGUACACGAUGAGCGUGUCGCCGGUGCAGGUGCCCGACUUCCAGACCGGCAAGGGGCCGUGGCACACGUCGGACGCCCAGGUGUACGCCACGACCUACGCCACCCCGCAGCCGUGGAUGAGCAAGGUCGAGGGUCAACUCGCGGCUGAGAUCCUCCCGGGCGAGCGUGCGAUGUGGGGCAACCUGAUGCCCGCCAUCAGCUAUGCCGUGCGUCAUGGCGUGCCGGGCGCGACGGCUGCGUGGCAGCGCCUCACGCAGGCCAGCAAUUUCCCCGCACUGCGCGAUGCCUUCCACACGGCGCCCGUGUGGUCGGUGGCGCCGGCGCGCAUCACGCCCGCCUGGCUGGCCGGCAAGCCGCUCGGUCAGUGGAUCGAGAUCCCGAACACCGCGGGUGCCGGCGGCUCGGCCGUCGAUGCCUUCUGCGGCAUGGCCGUCAACGACCUGACCAGCGAACCCGACGUAGUUGCCGGCCGACAGUGUGUCCGCCACGACGUAGCGGAAGGCGAACCGCACGGAGUGCGUGCCGAAGAGGUUGUCCAGGCUUUCGGUCUGCUGGGCCCAGCCGGUGUCCGAGCUCGACGCGUAGGUGUUCAGCAGGAUGAAGUCGGCCAAGUUGGUGGUGUUGCCGGCCAACGUGUAGUAGACCUCGACGGUGUCGAGGAAGCCGUCGCCGAACAGGCGCAGGGAAUAGUCGAUGCGCAGCCGCCCGUUCUCCGUGACGACGGGGGUGAACAGCCAGUUGCUGAUCGUGCCGCCAUCGAUGUCAGCAUUCAGGAAGUUGGCGCCGAUGUGCGAACCGGCCGCACCAUCGGCCGAGCCCAGCGCGACAUUGCCCUGGAACCAGGACGUCGUGCCCGGCGGCGUGCUGAGGUUGCGGAUCGCCCAGCCCUUGCCGGCAAGCGUCGACACGUCGUCGAAGCCUUCCGUGACCACGAGAUCGGCCAUGCUGACGCUGGAGGCCGCGACGGCGACGACGCCGGCGAGCAGUUUGCUGAUCUUCAUCGACAGUCCUUGUUGAAAGCCAUCACAGGAGGAUCGGCACGCCGCCUGUUGCGUGCUGGCCGACCGAUGCCGAAAACCAGGAUAGAGAGGCCCCCCGGUGAUGCCUACCCCCGCACCUGCGGGGGCGUGCCCGCGCUCCCGGGAGCGCGUGCCAUGCGCCCAGGGCAUACCCCUAUCGGACGCCCGCCACGGCGAGCUGGCCGCGCCGGGUUCCUCCGUGCAAACCCGGCGUCAGGACGAGCGCCGGCCCAUCCAGCGCAGCACCAGCCACAGGUUCACGAAGCCGCCGAUGACGGGCAGCAACGCCACCGCCGUGGCGAUGAUGCGCACCACACCGCCCAGGCCCAGCGACGGCGCCACCGUGAACACGCCCGCAGCGCCCGUCAGCGACAGCGCCCAGGACAGCACGAAGAAAGCCGUGCUCUUCACGCCGGUCAGCGGCACGAUGACGACGGCGGCUGCGCCCAGCAGCAGCGCGACAUGGCCGAGCGUCAGGCCCGGUCGCGCGGGCGCCGGGGAGGGCGGCUCGGCCGUGCGCUUGCCGGCGUCGGGGCCGUUCUUCCAGCGUUCCACGCCGGUGUCGACCUGGCCGGCCAGCACCUUGCGCCGCCGGGCCGACAGCAGCGCGACCAACUGCCCCGGCGCCUCCAGUUGCUGCGCCAGCGCGAAGGAUUCCUGCAGGCUGCCCGCCAUGACG